GAUCAGAGUUUUGUAGCGUCUCUUAAACCUCAAACUAUCUCAAAAGUCAACUCUUUGUGUUGAUCAUAUGAUCAAACCAUAUCUUUAGGGUUAAGCUAUAAACACAGGUACAUAACCUAUCUAUAUAUAUAUAUCUCCAUAUACUUUAAGAACCUCAAAGAGAAGAAAGAAGUCACAGGGAUCUGUUAGAACCAAGAACCUCACGGUGAAAAUGAAGUUGUUUGAUGCUCAUUGUCACCUCCAAGACAAGAGGGUCAUCGACAAAGCCUCGCAGCUCAUAUCUGCUGCUUUAGCUGUCGGUGUUACCAAUUUCGCAGUCAAUGGAACCUCCGAGAAAGAUUGGAACUUGGUGAAAGAGAUGGGAGAGACGUAUCCUUCUGUUGUUCCUUGCUUUGGACUCCAUCCUUGGUAUAUAUGGGUUUUAUGUACAGACGAUCCUUUUUGCAAUUGAUGCACAAAAGUUUCAGAUCAAAGUUUCUUCUUUUUCUUUUCUCUGUUUUGGUUUGCAGGUUUAUUGCUGAUAGAAGCCCUCAUUGGUUUAAAACAUUGAAGAAGUUCUUUGAGACCACUCCUACUGCUGCUGUUGGAGAAAUUGGUUUAGACAAAGGUCCCUUAGCAGGAGGAAUUGAUUACUCAGACCAGCUAGUCGUGUUUCGCCCACAGCUUGAACUUGCAAAAGAACUGAACAAACCAGUAGCAGUUCAUUGCAUCGAUGCAUUUGAUGAUCUCCUAGAGAUAAUGAGAUCCAUAGGGCCUUUUCCUGCUGGGGUGAUUCUUCAUUCAUUCAAUGGUUCAGCUGAAGUUGUUCCUAAACUCGCUGAGCUUGGUGCAUACUUCUCUUUUUCUGGCUGGUUCACUUACAUUGAUGAGAAAAUUGCCAAGAAGACUUUGAAAUCGAUUCCUUCCGAUAGGCUCUUAUUGGAGACGGAUUCACCUGACGGGUUACCAAAAUCAGAUGAGAGUUCUUCGGAUCCAAAACCAACUCUCAAUGAGCCUGCAAACAUUCUUGCUGUACUAGAUUAUGUUGCGAACCUGUCAAACAUGAAGAAGGAAGAGCUUGCGGAGUUAAGUUAUGUGAAUUCUGUGAGGUUGUUUUCUUAUCCAGGUUCCAAAUUGCUUACAGACCAGUAAAAAUGGUGUCUCUCAACAGAAUUGUACCAUCAUCUCUGAUCAAAGAGACAAAAGAACAAUCAUCUUCUGUUUCUGCUGUUGUGUGUUAAUACUUGCAAAAGAAAAACUCAUUCAAUACCAAAAUUAUGUUGUUUCUGUUGCUUACUUGGUAGAAGUUGUAACUAUGUAUCAGAUACAUUGUAUCUUCUUCUUAUUGUCUUGUGUAAACCCAGUUAUGAUGUUUGAUUUUUACAUUUUUUCUUAUAAAUCC